UCAUUUAUCUGAAUUCAUGGAAUGACAACCCACCAAAAGAAGUUCUAAAGACAGCUAAAAGUUAUCAAUGAGAGAUGGAACUAAGAGAGGGAAUGAGCAGUAAUACUGCAUUGUAGAAGACGGGAAAAAUACUCAAAGCAAUUUUUGUUUAAUAAAACACCAAUGCCGGUUUCUAUGAAGAACAGAGAUCUUUCCAUUGAAGAGAAAAUAUAUUUCUCCAGGGCAUCUACAGUGAAGAAAACAUCCCAGACCUCACGUUCAGCAGCUAAAACUCAAGCUGGACUUCAAGCCUCAGAGUUGUGUAAAGUGCUAAACAGCCUCAGCUCCCCUGUCAGUGGCUACUGAAGACAGAUUGCUACAGCCUUGGUUGGGAAGCUAUCAGCCAGUUACACAUAUUUACAACGAGAGAAACGGGCAGACAAAAGGUGACAGCAGAUCAUCAUCAUGGCAUCAGGAGGUCUACAGUUCUUUGCUUUUAUUCUAGCCCUGUUUGGUGUUUUUGGAGCCAUUACAGCCACUUUACUACCCACUUGGAAGGUGAAUGCCGAUGUGGGUUCAAAUAUCAUAACAGCUGUAACACAGACGCAAGGGCUCUGGAUGGACUGCACGUGGUAUAGCACCGGGAUGUUUAGCUGUACCCUGAAAUAUUCAAUACUCUCUCUCCCUGUCUACAUUCAGGCUGCACGGACCACCAUGGUACUGUCUUGUAUCCUCUCAGUCUUGGGGAUUUGCAUCUCUACAAUUGGAAUGAAAUGCACAAAGUUGGGAGGGGACAAGGACACCAAAAACCACACUUCUUUUGCUGGAGGGAUCUGCUUCAUCCUUGCAGGAAUCUUUGGAUUAGUACCAACAUCCUGGUACACAAGAGAGAUCAUUUUAAAUUUUAUGGACCCUACAAUACCAGAGAGCAGUAAAAAUGAACCAGGAGGAGCUGUUUACAUAGGAUUCAUUUCAGCAGGGCUUCUGUUCAUCGCAGGUGUGAUCUUCUGCACUUCCUGUUUUAAAAAGCAGCAGGGACCAUGGAUUUACCCCACCAAGCAACUGCACCUCCCGUGCACACAGCAAGAGAACAAUGCAGGCUACAACCUAAAAGACUAUGUGUAAAUAGAGUUAUGUCUAUCAGCUGCAGCUUUUUUGUGCCAAGUUUGGCUUUGUUUGUUUUAGAUUAAAGGAUAUAUCAAAACAAUACUUAACUUUUCUUAUGUCAGGGCUGCAAUUACUUUUUUGCAAGGUACUUUUAUUUUUAACAAAAUCAGCAGAGAGAAAAACUGUAGGAAAUAAGUGUAUGGUUCAGAGUUUAUUUUUGCUGAUUUUUCAAAUCAAGUUUUCUUUGGUUUCCAAGCUGAAAUUUACUGAAGAGAAAGGAAUCAUUUAAAACAGGGUAAUACAAUUAACCUGAAGGCUAGGUACAGCAAAUAUGCUUGAAAAAAAAUCUAUUCAGCAAAAACAAGGCACUAGUAAUAUACCCACAUGGGUAUUUUUUUCCUCUCAGAACCCUGUUUAAAUUAUAGUGAAAACAAAACCAAUUCUCCUUUUAUGCGAGCACAAUUUAUUGUUCUUAACAGCCACAUCUGCAUUUCAUUUCCAGUUUUUAACUGCCAUGGUAACUGGCUUUCUUAGAAAGCUCAGCCACACUGUAUAUCUGCAUAUCAGUGGCUGAAGAACUAACAUUGCCAUUCAGAUAUUGCCAAAAAUACCUCCUCUCCCCCCAAAACUCUACCUGCUGUGGGUCCCAUUUUUUAUUUUAAAAGAAAUGAGUGCUGGGCAGUCUCCAACUGUUGUUAAGCUUUCACCAAACAAAUAAAUGUUAGGUCUAAGGAGGAACAUGACAACAGAUGUGUCCUCACAACUAAGGAAAUGCUUGGAACAUUUAUGUUCAAGAUCCUUCCUUUCAAUUACUGUUAUUUACUUGAUAAGUAUUCAACAUCCAAAUCCAAAGGCCAUUGAAAGACUCCUAUUAAGCUCAGUGGAAUAUGGAUCAGGCCCAUUGUCACUAGUAAAUGUGUCACAUAUAGCACUAGCAAAUAUGUUAAUUUACAAGUAUUUUGUCAUCUUAAUUUGAUCUAUGCUGCUGUAUCUUCAGAACUUUCUUUCCAGCAUGCAGAAACUGUUUCUCGCAAUUAACUCAAGUCCUGCGAUGCAUCUUAUUUAUCCAUAUUCAGUUUUUUAGUGCUUGAAGUUCACUAAAUACAACUGCAAUACUGUGCCAUAACAUAGAUUAAUUUAGUAUGCAUCCCAUAUGACAAGAUCUGAAUGACAAGGAAGGAGUGAAGCUUCCUCUUUUAUUAUAGACUUUUAUAGAGAAUGAGAUGGUUUUGUACACCUCGACAGUCUGUCUUAAAUCCAUUAGCAAGGAACUGGAGGUACAGACUUCAUGUUGUAUUAUAUGCUAUUACUCAGAAUUAAUUAUUUGAGUUUCCUGCCUACAUCAAUCAAAAAUCACUGAUAACAGUGCUAGAUCAGCAGUUACAGUAGUGCAGACUUGGCCAUGAGCAAAGUCAAAGUUAUUUAAAUAAUAGAGCAGUAUUAUAAACUAUUCUAAAACAGCUGUAUUAAAAUGUAUGUAAACCUUCAGGGGUAUACAGGUUGUUGUUUUUUGAGGCACUAAGGUGGUUUUUUUCUGAAGGAGCAAAAUUUCUGAAAGAUAUUAUUUUAAUAAAUAUCUGCAAUGCCUAUUCAAAUCACAAGCAUCUCUGCCUUGAAUUAAAAAAAAUACCAGUACUCUUUAAAAAAAAAGUCUCUAGAGAAAACAAAAAUAAAGAAAACCUUAAGAGAAAGGCAGAAGAAAAAAAUAUUUGCCCACUGUACGCAUAGAUGAAGUCCAAUAAUUGCAUAGGAAAAUAAUUGCUCAGAAAGACUCCUUCCUAAUGCCACCUGAAAAGCACCUGAAGUUCCUUGUUUACCAAUGUAAAGUUUAAGCUCAUGAAUUAAAAGAUAAAAGUUCAAGAA